CUUGCUUCAAACAGAUCAAGCUCCUCUGACAAAACGUACUUUACCGAUCUUAUAGUUUACUUUACUUUUAAAUAUAUAUAUAUAUUCACUCUCGCCUACCUUCAGAACGAUCUUUUACCCACCCCUUCUUCGAGAGUUGUUUGUAGGCAGGAGCGCGGUAAUUCGAACAUUUUACAAGACUACCGCGCUAGUUGUUGGCCGACUUGUCCGGCGAACGGAAACUGCCGUCUCGCAUAUAUACACCUUUUCCUGAAGAAGAAGAGACUGCGUUUUACGCGGAUUAAAAAUGAAAUUCCUUGCUCUAGUCGCUUUUGUUCUGACCAUUGGGGUCACAGUAUUUGCUCAGGAUUAUAGCCAACUAUUCGCUGGCUUUGGACCCUACCUUCGACUCUCUUCAGGAAUGAGGGAUCCAAGGUCAAACAGAGGUCCAGUUGUGUUUCCAGCGGGACCGGCAUCGAAUCCAGCGGAAACCAGUGGAGUGAUAGUAGGUGCGAGCGGUUAUGGAUUUGUGCCACCAAACUCAGCUUUCUUCGCUUAUUUCUACUAAUUUGAAAUUGCCAAGAAAUGCCAUGAUUUAACCGGAUGUCGAGGUCGGAUAACAAGGAGCGGAAAUUUCACAAACCGAAAUUAAAAGCUGGAUGUCCUCGAUAUAUAAUAAUUCGGUAAAAUGAAAUUUCGCAAUUAUAAUAUUUUUUUUUUUUUUGCGAUGACAUGGAGUGUAUGACGUAUAAAAGAAGACACAAUUCGCUUGUGAAAGCGCAAACGACAAUAUUAGUUUUAAUAAAUUCAAAAAAAGAAAAAAAGAAAAAUGAUAAAAUUACAGAAAAUAAUAUUUUUCACUUAUUAAUAAUUUUCAAAGAAAAAAAAAAAGUAACAUUAAAAGUUAAUUAAUAAAAAUAAAUUUAAAAUUUUAUCAUUAUUUGAUUCUUUUAGUUAAAUAUGAAAAUUUGUAAUAAUUUUGAAAAAAAAAAAUAAUUUUCCUUUAUAAGGGAAAAAAACAAUUAUUUUAAAAGAAAAUUGUUUCUUUUGAAAUAAGUAAAAUAUAAUAAAAAAAAAUAGUUUAAUAAAAUAUCUUAUGAUAAAGUGAAUAAUAUACGUGAAAUUGAAUAAGUUAUAAAGAAUUUAAUAAAUAAUCCUAAAUUAAAUAAGUUACCUACAAUAUAAUUUUAUUUAUUCUACAUUAUGAAUAUAGAAUAAUUUAUAAAUUAGAUAAAAAUAAAAUAAAUUAUAAACAAAAUUAUAAAUGGAGCAAAUAAUAAAUUAUAUUAAUUAAUUUGCUUGUUAAUAAUUGUCAAAACAAAAAUUUAAUAAAAUAAUUUAGUCCUUUCGUAAAAUAUUUCUAAAAAAGUUUGGCAAAAUUUUUUUUUUUUAUUAAAAAUGUGUCAUAUUUUCUGUGUUUUUAUUUUUGCAUGUGUGAAUUAAUUUAAUAAUAAUAUAUUGUAUCCACAGAUCUGUGUAACACACUGCCAAGCAAAAAGACGAUUAAAUAUAUUAUUAAGUAGAUGCGUUUAGACGCAUGCGACCAGAGUCAUUAAUAUAAUAUUUAUUACUUUGUAAACUGUAAUAUCUCAUUACGUAGGUAAAAAAAAAAAAAAAAAAAAAAAAAAAUAUCACAGACCAAUGUGCAUCAGAUUUGACAAGGUCGGUCAUGCACGCACCCGAUAUAUGUUACCAAGGAGGACUCUCUCUCUCCUACGUGUGAAUGAUUCUUUUUUUUUUUUUUUAAUUUUUCAUUAUAUUCAGUGAAAACCUAAUUGUAAAUAUAUUGUGUAAAAUAUAAGAUUAUUGUCUUCUUAGAUCUAAGGUUCACUGAAUAAAGAUGUCAAUGUAGAA